GAAAGCAAUAACAACCCCCCCCGCCCCGUUCUCCGUAGCGUUGCUCGUUGCUGAGCCGUUGGAAGUGCGCGAGUGUAGUUUGAAAGUGAAGGUUCCAUUUCGUUAAUGCGGCAAAUAGACGUUAACAAUUCGUUACAGACCCCCUUCGCCCUUUUGGUUGUGAAUGCGGUGUUUUAGUACAGUAGGUUUUGGGACUGAGGCGAGCUGACAAUCUGCACUUGCCCUCCUAUAAAUCCAAGUUUCUCUUCUUGCCCCGGGUCCCGAGCUGUUUUCACAAUAGGAACAUUUAGUACUCAUUAUAACUAGUACUUUACUAUUUUUUCUCUAGUUCCUGGUUUGUAUGAUUGGUUUUAACCUUGAGUGGUGCAUCUGUUCAAUCCUAUUUAGAGAUACCUUAUUUGUUUGUGUGCAUUGAAGAGAUUAAAAUCUAAAUGUCGCACAUCUAUACAGAUUGAGGUCUCUGUUCCUUGCUUUUAUGUUAGACAUUUGCAGGAACAGCUAUGUAGAAAUAUGCUGCAGUAAAUAUCAGAUUAUCAGUGGAUUGUUAGCAAGUACUUAAAGCUUUAAAUUAUAUAUUAAUAACUUAAGUAUUAAGCCUCUUUUGUUAAAGUAUAAAAUAGUUUAACUGGAAGGCAAAUAUAUUCAUUGAAGUUUAGAUAAUAGAAGUUAUUGUUUAAGUAGCUGCCCUGGGUCUUCGGAGAGGGGCGGCAUAUAAAUUGAAUAAAUUGAAUUGAAUUGAAGUAUUCUUUAAACAUUUUUACCUAGUUAUUCCUAUGAAAAAUACUUCUUUUCAAAAGAUUCUCAAUAUUGAAAUCAAGCAAACAACAAACUUGCACCCUCUCCUAUCCCUCUUUUUGAGGAUAUUGUGAAUGCAGAUAGUUUUAAUAACAAGUGAAACAAAUAAGACGGAAUAUAUUUGAAAUUAAAUUCUUUGAAGUCAGUAAUAUUUAUUCUAAAAUGAAUUUAGAAUAGAGUUUAACAAGCUCUGUAAGCUCUCUUUUAAAGCUUACCAUGGUCUAAUUUCUACUACAAGUCUACAAACAAGGUUGAAAACAAAAUAGAAAUGGAACCAAAGUUGGAAGUAAUAAGGAAAAAUAUAAAGGGAUUAUUUUUGGUGGAUCAAAAUUGUCUGAAAAAAUUUACAAUUCCUAAAAAACCUCCUGAUAAAGAUUUUUUAACAGAGUGCCUUGCUAAUCAGAGGGACUAUAAUGAGAUUAAACAACGUCUGAAUGAAAAUUGCCUUGAUAUACAGUGCCAUUUGGAAUCUUUAUGGCAAUUUCAUAAAAUAGAGAUGGUUCAUAAUAAAGAUUUGGAAGAAGAAUUCAUUGCAAAAAGGACUGAGUUGCGUGAAGAAGGAAAGCAAGAUAAAGAACUCUCUAGCUUUUUAGUUGUCUCUAGAGAUGAAGUGCCACAAAUUUGUCAGAAUGGCCUAUGUACCGGUGAUUCCAAAAGAGAAAUAAACAUUAUGAAAGAACUAGGAAAUCCUCAACUUGGAGUUUACUUGUUCCGAUAUGUUGAUAUUGCUUUGAAUUAUGCAUCCAAACAUUCAUUUCCAGUAGAAAAUAUCAUUAUAUUCAGGGUUCUUUUAGGAAAAGUUAAAAAAGUUCAACCACCUAAAGGCCAAAAGAAAAUUGUACUGGAUCCAACUCCAAACUUCGAUUGCCAUAUGUCUAGAAUUCAUCCUUCACUUAAGGAUUCUUUGGAGGAUCAGGCUACUAGGUCUUUGGUAUAUUUUUAUGAAUAUAAUGAACAUUCAAAACCUGUGGAUAAGCCUAGGCAAUGUCUUCCAUAUGCUGUAAUACAUGUAAAAUCUGUUAAUCAGAAAGGAGGGGCUGAUUCCUUCCUAACAUCUUUGAAGUGUAAACUUAAAAGAUUACCCAAGCACACUGGAGGAGUUAUCCCUCUGGAAAACUGUACACGGGUGACAAGGAUAGGUAAAAGCCAACUCAUCUACGAACAUUUCAGAAAACCAUUAGAAACGUAUGUAUCUGGAGAAGUUUCUUCUAUUUCUAAAAGUGUACAGAACUGGAAUGAUUCUGAAGACAAAAUUCACUGUGAAAAAAAGAAACCCAAGCCAGCUACAAGAUGGGAUUUAACACAAACGAAAGCAAAUAUUCCAUGUAAAUCUGGUAUGGAAGCCAUCAGAGGUGAACAUGUGGGGGAUGAUAAGACUAGUUUAAAAAUAAAUCCGGAAGAUUUUUCUGACUGGGAAAUUGGUUCAAGUACUGUAACUACUUCAAGGUUAAUUAAAGAUCCAAGAUUAACAAGAAGAGAACAGAAUGUGGUAAAGCAAAAUGAAGAACUUACUAUGAAACCACCUUUUUGUAAUGACACCAGUAUAAGCUCAUGCAAACUAAGUCCUGACAAUGUAACAGCUAGCAAAGACAAGAAGCACAGUCGAAGAGAAAUGGAUAGCCAGGUUCAAGGGGAUGAUAUUUUUCCUUCAGAAAUAGAGCAUUCUAUUCAACUUGACACCAAAUGUGCUACAAACAAUUGUACUUCAUCAAAAGCAGAGCAUUGUGGUAAUACUUUUCAGUCUGCCUGCUGUAAAAAAAUGUAUGCUUAUGAAUGGCUUUCAUAUGAAAUCACAUCGGAGAAUUUUGAACAAAAUAAGCGUCAAGCUCUGAAAAUUUUAAAUCUAAAAUCUAAAAAUUCCAACUUGGCUGAAAGCAAUCAAAAAGAUAAGCAAAAAUAUUCAGCAUCUGAAAAAGCAAAUAACUUCCUAGAUAAUGAUUAUACAAUAAACAAUAGCAAAGAAAAAUCUUCCAAAAGAAUUAGCAAUGUAGAGAACCUCGAUUAUCAUCCUUCUGAUACCUGUAUAACUGAUGCUGUUAUAAGAGGCCUUAGUGAAAAAAGUAUUUGUCUUUCCAAGCCAGAAUUGUUAGACACAAAUAAUUUUGAGGAUAGAGUAUGUAUUUCUUUAUUUACUGAAGGACAAAAAAAACGUGAAACAAGCAACACAGGUGAAACAUGCUUUAAUGAAAUACAUAUGAACCAAUUAAAGGAGAAGAUUCCAUGUGGACAAGAAGGCAAAAAGUAUAAAUCUGCAACAGAAACUGCAUUUAAAAAUGCAACAGAAAGCUCAUCAAGAAAAAAGCAAGAACCUGAUAUGGUUUUGAAGAAAUCUGUAGAUAAUAUGAACAAUUAUACAAAAACAUCAAAAAAUUCAGAUACUUUAGAUUUAGAAAGCACAGAUUUUAUUUUUAACUUGAAUCUUCAAAGACGCUCGUUAAUAGAAACAGAGCUAACGAACACAGAACAUUGCAAAGCGAAAUUUGAAGAAUUGCAAACAUUGCCUACUAAAAAUAAUGACUUGAUAGAUCACGAGAAAGUAAAUCACACAGUGUUACUCACAUCAGUUCCUAUAUCUUUGGGAAAUACGGAAAUCAACAAACAGUCUGAAAAUACAUCUUCAAAUGCCAGUUCUGAUAGCUUUUGUAGUCAAGUUCCUGAAAUAUUUGGGCAAGAUUUAGAGAUGAAAAAUGAUAACACCCACAGCUUAGACAUUUGUGGUGAGAUUGAAAAUGUAUUAGAAGAGUGUAAACAAGGUCUCUCAGUGUGGUACAAGCCACAUAAUCAUGGAAAUAUUAGUGAAGAAAAUGAUUAUUAUUAUUUACAAGCACGUUUAGAUUGGAAUAAUCUGUUUGGAAAACCUGGCUCGAAUGUAAAUCUUUCAAAAGAUCCAACUUUGAAGACGAAUAAAGAUAAUUCUUUAUAUAGGGAGAAAUCUGGGAAGGAAAGUGGAACUGAAUUAUUGAAUACAUUUCCGUGCCCUGAUUUACAAAUUACAAUAACCAAUAUAGUUCAGUCAAAAUUAGAAACUAAAAUGGAAAAAUGUACAACUAAAUCUUCAGCGCCCAAAAAAUGUAUUAAGUGGACAAGAGGGGGGAAAAAGAAAAAAUAUGCAAAGGGACAGCAAAAUUCCAAACAGUAUCGCAAAAAGAAAGAACUCAACGUACGGUCUUCACCCCAGAUUUCUUCACUAUCCAAGGGACAGUUUAAAGAAACCGAGCAGCCUGAAAAACAUAUUAAGAAUAUUUUAAGUGCCCUUGACAACACUGAAGCAUUGCUAUGCAAAACCAAAUGCCCAUCUCAAAAAAUAAUUGGUGCAAUGUUUCAGCUAAGAAAAGCUCGGAAGAGUGUUCAGAGUUUAAAAACAGUGACAAAAGCUGGAAGAAAAACUCCAGGUAGUGUAUUCUCCAAAGCAAAAAACAUCUUACCGAAUGGUAUCUUAGUGUUAGAUUCUUUUGAAACAUCAGAUUGCAGUACAGAUGUAUCUUUUAGCAGUGAUUGUGCUAAAAAUAAAGCAAUAAAAACAGUCUCUGAAAAAAAUGCUAUCUUAGAUACUACAGGAAUUAAAAGCAUAGAGCCACUUAGCGCUGAGCCUUUCAUAUGCAACAAGAAGAGAUUUGCUGGGGAAGGCCUUAUUGGAAAUGCACAAGAAAAGAAUCAAGAGAAUGUAAUUACAGCCAUGAAAAACAAGCACACUUUGAGUUCUGACACGAAUAGCUGUAGAAGCAAAACAGAUGGAAAUCAGUUUAACUCUUCUAGGACAAGAAAGGAAUUAACUGUCUCUCAAGGAAGGCAAACAAAUGAUGAUGAAAUGUUCAAAUCUCGAGGAAAGAUGAGUACUGUUAAAAUUUCUACAUCAAUUCAACCAACUUUUGAAUCUGCUACAAAAAUGUUCGGAUCAGAUAUUAUUUCUGCACCUUGUCCCAAUUUGAAAAAAGCAAGCAAUGACAAAGAAACUGUGGAAAUAUCUGCAUUACAGGAAGAAAACAUGAUUUUGAGUACUGGACAGUGUCAUGAUUCAUUGGCAAGUUGGCCUUUAACAGAAGAGAACCUUAAUGCUAAAACCUCUGUGGUUCAGUUAACUUCAGAAAUCCAUAGCAAUAGGUCACUGUCAUUAAAAACAAACAAUUCAUCAAACAAAAAUAUAGGUAUGAAUUGCUCUGAAAUCCCAGCAGGAUCCUCCAGUAGACAGAAGCAAAAACUAGAUUCUCAUUGUAAACAGGCUUUUUCAGAAUCAGAACAUUCUUGCUUUAAUACAUUUAGUCAAACAACUGAACAGGAAAUAUAUACUGCAGAGAAUAGGCAUUGUAAAUCAUUGAGCAAGUCAAUUGAACACCAAGGAAAUACUAACAAAAUACCAUCUAGUGAUGAUCUGCUAUCUCCUACAUCCUUCGAAGAUAAUAAUUUAUGCCAAUCAUCUCAUUGUUGCGUAUUACAGAGACUUGUAGAGGAAAAUGUAAAGGAAAGAGAACUACCAGAAACCAUGAUUGACUCUGCAACUGAAAGACUAGAUAUAAUCCAUGACACUCCUCUGAAGUCAUUAAAUAAUUUAGAUUUAAAGCAGAGAAGUUUGAAACACAUAAAUCAUAUACUUAGGGAAUCCACAUGCAGACAGGCUUCCUCAGGCAGUGCUUAUAACUGUGACCAGUUUCAUUUUAAUUCUCCACUAACUGCAGUUUAUCAUGUCAUGCCUGAUGAAACAAACAAACUCUUCACUAGCACCAAGGCCAAGCAAAAGGAACGCUAUUUUUCAAGCACAUCUUCUGAUCAUUGUAGCAAUUUCAGGAAUCACAUCAAACUUUCCAAAGUAGGAAUCAGUCUAAAAUCCUGUGAUUUCAGCUCUAAAAUAUCAGAGAUCUUACAAAAGGCAGAUAAAACUUCAUCUCUGAAUAUACUGCAUGAACAGAUUUCAUAUUGCAAAAGUGCUCUUCCUUUGUUCAUUACAGCUUUUGAAAAAAAGCAAGGUUGUUCUUUUGAGCAUGCUUUGAUUUCUAGGGAAAUACUUGGAAGCUCUAAUGGAAAUAUGCAGGCAAGUCAGAAAGUAAAACCUUGUGCUAUAGAAGCAUUAGUUGAACUGCAAAUUAUAAUGGAAACAAUGGAGUUUAUAGAGAAUAAGAAAAGAUUUUUAAAAGGUGAGCCAACUUUUCGAAGUUUGCUUUGGUAUGAUGAUUCGCUGCAUAGUGAACUGUUUGGUGGGCAUUCAGGUUAUCAACAGCAAUCAAAUUUAUAUCCUGCUUUUCAGAUGAGAUUAAAAUACAAUCCCCUUAAUGAAUUACAAAUCUACCACAAGCAGUUAAUGGAAGCUUUUGAAAACACUAUAUCUGAGAAUAAUUCUUAUUAUUGCUUGUUGAAAUUAAGGCGAGAAAUAGAGGAAUGUGAAUCAGUAAUGAAACAGAUUUCCAAUUUAUCUGAUUUUUUUUUAUCUGUGCCUUUUACUUGUGGAGCUAACUUUGGCGAUUCUAUAGAAGACCUAGAAAAUUCAAGAAAAAGUACAAUGGAUUUAAUAAAUAUAUCUAAAAGCCUUCCAGGCAUGAAUUUGAGUGCUGAAAAAGAUAAUCAUCUCUGGAUUAUUAUUGAGAUUAUUGGUAAAAAAACAGAAUUUGUAAAGACAUGUACUAAUGAAGAGUUUAAUCUUAAAACUUCAUUAUUUGGUCUGGAACAUGUAUUUUUUGAUGCUGCUAAAAAUCUUGUUUGGCAAGAAAGAAAUACAUCUUUAAAUAACGGUUCAAAGGAUGGGAAAGAAGUGCUCCAAGUAUAUGAAAUUGCUGUGGCUAAGCUCUUUGAUAUUUAUGAGCGUAUGAUGGAAGAUUCUGGAUGUGGAAAUGAUGAUAAUAGAACUUUUGGAGGAUAUACUGAGAAAUGUGCAGAAGACUCUCAUAACUGUAAAGAUGUUUGCUCUCAAGACAAUGCAGAUUGCCUCAUUGGAAAGUCUCUAACUUUACAAGAUAGUUGUAAUGUAAGUGAAAUCUUGGAUGAAGCACAGUCUGCCGAUAUUGAAAGACUGCAAAAGCUCAUGGGCAAAUGUACAGUGCAGUUGGAAAUGCUGAAAAAGUAUUUUCAGAUUUUACAAGAAGAGGAUAUAACCAUACUGAUAACCCAAGAAAAUAUAUUAAACUUCAUGAAGAAUGGAGGAAUUAAUCCUGUCAUUCUGAAGCCGGAAGCUAUCGAAAUAUAUACUGAAUUGGCAAUGAUGUAUGAAACUAUUUUUUUCCUUAAAAACUCAAUAGCGAAACAAGGAGAUAAUCCGCGAUUUCGGAGUUUACUAUGGUUUGAUUUAUCACUUGUACCUGAACUUUUCCAGUGCCAAGAAAAAAUGGCUUUCCUGUCUUAUCGGAAAGAAAAGCUUUUAGAAACAGUGGAGGCUUCCAUCUUUGAACUUCAGGAGGAGUUGAACAUUAUUUAUGACUAUACAGAAGCCUUAAAUUGCUCUUAUGCGCUUCAUCUUCUCACAAGAGAAUUUGCGGAAUUUUCAGAAACAAGAAAAAUGUUAGGAACAUCCAAGUCGCCUGUCUCCAUGUGUAUAGAUUUGGCACCAUAUGCUAUCGCUUUAAAUUAUGGAAGUACAGUUUCUGAAUUAGACUAUAACUAUAAACAGUUUUCUUUACUUCUUGAGAAAUUGAUUUUGUACAAAAAGAAAGAUGUAGGAAAAAUAGCUCACGUUAUGAAGGUGAUGAAAACCAUUGCACAUAUGAAGUUUAUCUGUUCCGAACAGGAGAAAUCACCUCUUCCUGUGGUUAUACAUCAAAUGCUUAAAAACUGGAGAAAAGCUUGUCGGUUGAAACGGCAGCUUGUAGGAACACGGUCGGAUCACAGUGACCAAAAUCUUCAGGCUUCCCAAACUGUAAACAAAAGACCAUUUAAUGUAACUUUAGAAGACGAGCCCUGCCCAUCAGAAGAAAAGAUUGAUGUCUCACAUAACAAAAAGAAAAAGGUAGCUGCUUCAUUGAUGACAACUUUCAAGAUAGAUGAAAAAGAAGCCAACAGAAACAUGAGAAACAAGUGUAAAUCCUCAGAAGGUGAAGGACCACAGUUAAAAACUCCACUGAAAACCCAGUAUAGAAACAAUAGGAAUUUGAGAGAGAGAACACCAAUCACUUUUUCACAGUUAAAAGAUGCUUAUCCCUGUGAACUUAUUCAUGCUCCACGAAAUACCUCAGAAGUCAAAUUGAAUAAUGCAGAUGCAUUUUCAAUUCAGCAAAAUUUGCAGGAUCUAAAAAAUGUCAAAGAGGGAAGAAAGACCAGUCAGUAUGCAAAGGAACAUGAUGAAUACUUUUCAUCCUAUAGUGAUGUAAAUAAAUGUAUGUCUGUAUCUCCAGUGAAAGUUCAGAGAUCUGCCGAAGAAGCUAUUAGCUCAGUGGAAAAAUUAGGUGAAGGUGAUUUUCUACUGGUCACAAAAAAUGCACAGCAAAACUUAAAAUUUGGUGGUUUUCAAAAUGAUUCAAAUGUAGAGUCUGAAUGCAACAUGGACAUCAGUUUAUCCCCAGACAAUAGUGCAAAUAGUGAAAAAUCUGAAAUUCCCAAAUACCCACCCCCAUAUAACUCAGAAUCCUCAAUGGUGACAGAAUUAAAUAAAUUCAUGGAACAGCAAAGUUUCCAAUCUGAACCUUCUUUCAGUGACAAUAUCCAAAAUUCUGAUGAAUGGUCUCCUAUUAGUCAAAAUGAAUAUUUUGAGGGAACAUCUAUGCACAUGUAUAGGACUUCCUAUCCUUACUAUUCAUGGUACUUCUAUCAAACUAAUAAUUCCCACUUAGUAACUCAGACUUACCAAGAAUUAAAUUCCUAUGAAAUAUAUCCACUAAAUCCUGCAGUGUCUGCAACUGCAUGUACAGUGAAUACUGCAUACUCCAGUAGGUUUCACACAGAGACUAUUAGUCACUUUGAUGUUAGAGAAUCACAAAGUUUUAAUAUUGCACAGGCCCAUCCAAUGCAUGGAUACUUCAGUUCUAUAGCAGCUUAUCCAUAUAGUUAUCAGCAGCAGCAAAUUCGAUAUGAAGAAAAUUGGCCUUUGUCACAUACUGUUUUUCCAUAUCCUUCCACUAUUGGUUUGUGAAACAAUGCCAUUUCAAUAAUUACUAAAUCACCAAUAUUUCUGGAGGUGAUAUUUUUUGAAUGACAGUUAAUGGUUGUCAGUAUCUUUGUCCAAACAAAGAUAAAAUUCAAUUAGUUUCAGUUAUAACACGGAUGGUGAGUUGCUUUUUAGCUUUUUAGAUUUCUUCUUACAUAUUAAGACAGUAUGAAAGAAAUAAUACCGACUCAAUGUGUUUGUUAAAUUUGUCGCCUAUCUCACCAUGGGCUAUUCUGGGUGGCUUAACAACAGUCAAAAGAAAGAAAUGAGUCAGGUCCCAUAGAUCCUUAUUGGGACGCUGCCGUUCUGGUAGGGAGGGAGCCUGGAGGUAUUCCUCAGUUUAUAACCACCUUUCUGGUGCCUAUCUAACCUGUGCUUUGAUUUACCUUCCUGGGAACGAGUGUGGGGGAGGACCAUCUGUUUUGUCUCAGCUCCAGAGCCUCCAGCAAGCAACGAAGAUGAAAAUAGCUUAUCACCUUCUCAGCCUGCAAUUCUCAAAACAUCUUCGAACCUGCAGAUUGGCUUAUUCAACACCGGACUGAGGGGAGGGGUCUCUAACUUAAUAUAACGGAAUUGCACGGGAAUCCUCAGAUCUUGCUUUCUUUGUUUUGCUAUGACUUUCCCUCAAUAAAAGUUUCCUUUUGAAAUGUCAA